AUGCCGAGCGUCGAACUCUCUCACGAGGGCCUGCAGGCCAUCUCGCGCUUCUGGAACUCGCCCAUUUCGGGCGCUUCCAAGGCACUUGACCGACUCCGCGCAGUUUCCGGACGCGCCGUCACAGCCAUUCCCUUCUGGCAGCAGCUGAUUCCGCACCUCUCGGCGGCGUACGUCAGCCAGACAGAGGAGGUCCAGGCCGUCGCCCAGUGCUACGAGGCCCUCGCCGUGGCGCUCGCCGGCUUCUUCGUCACCAACCGCCUCCGCGGAAAGGAUGCCGCGUACUGGCGCCGCUGCCUAAAUGGCAACAAUCAGGGACGCUCCGCGUUCUUCAUGGAGGUCGCUUGCACUCCCCGCGACAGCGGAGAUUCCGUCGCCGUGUCCUUCAACUCCGGAGCCGGCUUUUCGUAUUUCGUCUUGUCCCUCCCCGAGGGAAAGCCCGUUGGGAACAAGGCUCAGCUCAUUCCUGCUUUCCAGGAGCAGCUCUUCGAGCUCCUCACUGCCAGCGCAACCCCUGACCUCGUGAGCCGAGAGGUGUCUCUCGCCGCAUCCGCUGCUCGCGAGGAAAGCAAUCCCGCCGAGCUCAACAAUGGCGUGGAGGUAGCCACCGAGUCCACCACGAAUGUGGAAGUGCCCUCUGAGCCCAACGCAACUGUCGAGGCACCCGCUGAGACCAGUGCCAAUGUCGAAGUGCCCUCUGAGCUCAACGCGGGCGUUGAAGCACCUGCUGAGCCCAAGGUGGACUCUGACGGCACUUCUGUGACCGAACCUGCUGUCGCCUCUCCCGACGGAGACGUGGACGAGAAAUUCCCCAACGCAGAGACCUUCGCUGUUGGCGGCCAGAUGCUCCGUCGCCCACCCUACCACCUCAUUGUUCGGCUCGGACAGUACGACGUCCCGGAGAUCCAGUGCAGCCACCCCCCGUCGGCAGAGUUCAUCCGCGACUACCUCGACAAGUGGUACGAGGAGGACUUGGAUCAGCUCGAAAUCUCGACCAACACCGGCGCGGACGGCACUCCCAUGGUCUUGCUGGAUGCCAUGGCCAACACGCCUCACGACCGCGACUACGUCUCGCGCAUUUCUCUCGCUCCCGUCAUUCUCCAGCUCAUUGAGACGUGUCUCGGCUACGAGCUGCACAACAGUGGUGAAAAGUGGUGGCACUUUCGUCGCGGCCAGGCCUUCCCCGACGGCCCCCGUGACGGCGGACACGAGGCGAUGUGA